UGCGGCUGCCGGCUCCCCCGGCAGGCGGCAGCGACGCACCCCCCGCUCCCGGCCGGGGCUGCGCGCCCCUCGCCGGCCCCCUCAGCAGGGCCCCGGCGACCCCGGGCCCGGCGGCGCCCUGGGCGGGGGCGCGGGGGGCAGGGGGCGGGGCGGGGCUGCGCAUGCGCGGCGCGGCGCGGCGCUGGGGAUAAAAAGGCGGCCGGGGCGGCGGAGGAGAAGCGCUGGGGCGGCGGGAGGCGAGGGAGGAGACGAGCCGAGCGCGGGGACGAGUUCUUUGGUUUCGUGUCUUUACACCACCGACCCUCCUUUCCCAGCCGCCGCCAUGGUGAAGAUCGUGGGCAGCCUGGUUGAAUUUGAGGCAGAACUGAAAUCUGCUGGUGAGAAGCUUAUAGUAGUUGAUUUCUCUGCCACAUGGUGUGGACCAUGCAAAAUGAUCAAGCCCUUUUUCCAUAGUUUGUGUGAGAAGUAUGGCGAUGUGGUGUUCAUAGAAAUCGAUGUGGAUGAUGCCCAGGAUGUUGCUUCACACUGUGAUGUGAAGUGCAUGCCAACGUUCCAGUUCUACAAGAAUGGAAAGAAGGUGCAGGAGUUCUCUGGGGCCAAUAAAGAGAAGCUGGAAGAGACCAUUAAAAGUCUAGUCUAAUCUGCAGCCAUGAAGACAUUGAAGCAUGAGUGCUUUGGCUAAAUUACCGUCUGAAACUUUUCUACUUAAAAAAACCUAAACAAGCUAGCUAGAUUAAAUGGUGCAAACUAUCUUCUUGGUCCAUGUAUAUGAGUACAAUAAAGUAUAAACUCUUCA